AACAAACCCUUCGCAAAAAAGGAUCUGUGUCCAAAAAAGCGCCCGGUUUUUCGGUGUGCACGUGGUGAUUUAGUUCUGUUCUUUGCGCUAUCCUUUAGACUACGAAGCGUGGAACGAUGAGCGGCAAAAAGGGACUGGAUUUUCUGCGCACCGUCGCCACCUACAUGACGAAAACUAACGGAUACGAUCGGUGUCUGCAGCAGCUGGAAAUGGUGAGCGGCGGCGAUGGACGAUGUGUAGCCGAGUUCAAAGUCGGCGAAGAGCAUCUGAACCGUGCCGGUGGACUGCAUGGCGGCUACACCGCGACCAUCGUGGACGUAGUUACUACAUACGCGCUAAUGACGAAGGAAAAUACCGUUCCAGGGGUAUCCGUCGAUAUCCAUGUGAGCUACUUGAAGGGUGCCCGGCAAGGAGACGAGGUCAUCAUCGACGCCAACACGGUUCGGGCUGGCCGCAAUCUGGCCUUCUUGGAGUGUGAGCUGCGCCACAAGAAGGACAAUUCAAUCAUCGCCAAAGCAUCGCAUACCAAAUACAUUGGGAGCAGCUAAAUCGGACACGUGGGGCAUAGUUGCUUUUAAAGUUGGCGUGUUAGUGGGUUAUGUUGUUUUAGGUUCUUUCAGUUUUUGAUUAGUUGGAAAUGUAGAAUAUAGAAGCAUAAUAAAAGCGAAUUCACUUUAA